AUACAAAUUAGACAUACUCAGUCUACCAAACACAAACCUUAGAAAGAGAAAGGGAGAGAGUGUGAUUGAAGGCGAACUGAAGAAACAACAAUUUUUUCUAUCGGUUUCCUCCGAUCAUCGGUAAAACAACUUCCAUAGAUCUAUCAGAGUUUUCAUCAAUGAGUUUUCUCAAGGAAGAAAAGGGUAAAGCAAAGGGGAGGAUAAGCCUAUCCUCCUUUAAUGUUUCAAGCGACGUCUCCUUGUUCUCCUCUUCAUUGCCUGUUCUUCCCCACGAUGAUUUGAAGAUUGGUAUAACAGAAAACAUGCCACUAGAGCCAAAGGAUGCUGAUAACCUGCUUGAUGAAUUGGCUGCCAUUGGAAGCUUACUUCCAGAUGAGGAUGAACUCUUUGCAGGAAUGUUGGAUGAUUUAGAACUGACUUACCCAGUUAAUCAAAUGGAUGAUGUGGAAGAGUAUGAUCUUUUCGGAAGUGGAGGGGGAAUGGAAUUGGAAUCUGAUCUACAAGAUAUUUUCGGUAGGGGUUUGCCUAAUUUAAGUUUAUCUGAUGUUGCUGGAAACGGGGUAAGUCAAUUUAGUUUUCCAAAUGGAACCGUAACUGUUGCUGGAGAACAUCCGUUUGGUGAACAUCCUUCAAGAACACUGUUUGUAAGGAAUAUCAAUAGUAAUAUUGAUGACUCGGAGAUCAGAUCUCUUUUUGAGCAAUAUGGCGAUAUUAGGACUCUAUACACUGCAUGUAAACAUAGGGGAUUUGUGAUGAUAUCAUACUAUGAUAUUCGUGAUGCUCGAAAUGCUAUGAGGUCACUACAAGGCAAACCUCUUAGACGGAGGAAAUUGGACAUUCACUUCUCAAUCCCAAAGGAUAACCCGUCUGAUAAGGAUAUAAACCAAGGGACUUUGGUGGUAUUUAAUUUGGAUCCAUCUGUUUCCAAUGAUGAUCUUCUUCAAAUAUUUGGUGCUUAUGGAGAGAUCAAGGAGAUAAGGGAAACGCCACACAAGCGUCAUCAUAAGUUUAUAGAGUUUUACGAUGUCAGAGCUGCAGAAGCAGCACUUAGGUCCUUAAAUAGGAGUGACAUAGCUGGUAAACGGAUAAAGCUUGAACCUAGUCGCCCUGGGGGAGCUCGUCGCAACCUUAUGAUGCAAAUCAACCCAGAACUUGAACCCGAUGAAUCUAGAAGUUUCCGGCUUCAAAUAGGUUCUCCAAUUGCGAACUCACCUCCAGGGAAUUGGCCACAAAUGGGCAGCCCCAUUGAACACAGUUUGCUUCAAACACUCGGUAGCUCACCAAACGUCAGCAAUAAUAUCCCGGGAGGUCCAGGAUUAGCUUCAAUUCUUCAUCCGCAGGUACAAAGCCCGAUUUGUAGACCGAAUUCUGUUCCGAUCAGAGGCUUCCAUAUGAAUACAACUUCGAACAAUAAUGGUAUCGGAUUUCAACAGUCUCAUUCGUUAAGUGAUUCGAAUGAAAAAUUGUCUGGCCCACAGUUUCUUUGGGGAAGUCCAGCGUCAUAUAAUACGGAAAAAGUCAACAACUCUUCUGGAUGGCAAAUGCCUUCUUCUUCUUCACCGUCUUCUUCUCUAGGACAGACACUAAUGCCCAGCAUUCCUUAUGGAACCCGUCAAGUACCUUUUCACGGUUUAUCUCAUCAUAAUCAUAAUCCUCAGAGCCAUUACGUUGGCUCGGCUCCUUCUGGCAUUCCUUUUGAGAGACACUUAAGUUAUCGCGGUCCUUCUGCGUUUGGGGGAAUGAGUUUAGAACGUAACGAAACGAGUUUCUUGAUGAACAUGGGGGGAGGAGGAAGUGGUUUAUCGGAUAGAGGGACUAUUUCUCAAAAUGGUUCUCCUAAUGUUAGGAUGAUGUCUUCUUCACCUAGGAUUAAUCCGGUUUACUUAGGUAACAGUUAUUUUCCAGGAUUGGGACCUACUAACAUGGAUAGUUUGAUUGAUCGUGGGAGGAAUAGGCGAACUGGUGACACUACGGCUGCUAACCAGUUCGAUAACAAGAAACAGUUUCAGCUCGAGUUGGACAAGAUAAGAAGUGGAGAAGAUAUUAGGACGACUUUAAUGAUUAAAAACAUCCCGAAUAAGUACACUUCGAAGAUGUUGCUAGCUGCCAUAGAUGAAAAGCAUCGAGGCGCCUAUGAUUUUCUUUAUCUGCCUAUCGACUUUAAGAACAAAUGCAACGUGGGAUAUGCGUUUAUCAAUAUGCUGUCUCCUUGGCAUAUUGUUUCAUUCUACGAGUCCUUUAACGGAAAGAAGUGGGAGAAAUUCAACAGUGAAAAGGUUGCGAAUUUGGCAUAUGCUCGCAUACAAGGAAAGGUAGCUCUUGUUGCCCAUUUUCAGAAUUCAAGCCUGAUGAACGAAGAUAAGCGCUGCCGCCCAAUUCUCUUCCACUCGGAUGGCUCAGAGAUUGCUGAUCAGGUGAUCCAAGAACAGUAUCUUCCGAUGAAUGGACUGAAUAUGAAAGAGCAUAAGACAAAUGGGGUGUUGUUUUUUGAGGAUUAUUCAUCGGGAAGUAGUAGUAGUAGUAGGAGUAGUAAUGUAAGAGGCGGUCCAGAUGAGAAUCGGGCAAGGAGCUAAUAAUAGUGGCUCGAGCCCUGCAGAUGAUGAUGCAUAUUAUGUUCAUAAUAUGUAGACUUGUGUAAAGUUUUUCAAGUUUUGCUGAAAGGAAGGGAAGGAAAGUUUUCUGGUGACCUAGUUUCUGUUUGUACUUUUUGACUUGUAAUGGUGGAAAAUCAAUCCACAGACAUAAGAUUAUGUUGUUUUUGAGUUUAAUUUUGGUCUUGUUUGUGGGUUGAAGAAACCAUAUGCCAACUGUAUAUUAACAACAUGCACUAGUAACUAUUUAUCUCUAUUACAGCACUCAGUUUUUGGUUU